AUGUCUGUGGCCCUGAUGGGGAGAAAAGUGGUACCAAGUUCACUUUUCAGCAGCGAACCAUGCCUUGAUACUGACUUGCUGCACAACAUCACCCGGACUACCGGUACAGUCGGUACAGUUGCCGACACCACUUUGGAGUCUACUUUGGACACCUGUCAGCUCGGUAACGAGGAGCACCCGGAGCCCACUAGCAGAAGGGCAAGACUGAAGCGGCAGAAAGCCAAACAGCUCCAUGACUUUCUGCAAAGGCACGGGUGUUCAAGCGUAUGCGAGCCGUUGGCAACUGGCUGCUUCUCUGUCCUUCAAGCACGCAUCUACCCCAUCCACAAGGCAGCAAAGUUGGGCGACCAUGAGAUGCUGCGCUUGCUGCUGCAGGCAAAGGCAGAUCCUCUCCAAAAGACUUCGCGUGGCCGCACAGCCGCUGAGAUUGCCGAAGCCGCGGACAGGGACGGCUCACACCAAUAUGUUUUGCAUCUACUGCAGAACCAAGUGCAGGUUCUGAACGCUCGUGAGGUACACGACCUGGUGCCCCCUGUACGCCGGACAGCAUUUUUCAACUGA